AUGGAAUUCUUCCUUUCCCCGGAUUUCCCGUCCCACGUGGAGGACCUGAUGCGCCAAAACCACGUGCCUGGCCUUUCCAUCGCCGUCGUUCAGAACAACAAAGUCGCUUCGGCAGGCUACGGACAAGCAUCGAUCGAGCCGCCGGUGCCAUGCACGGCAGACACUCUAUUCGAUAUUGCGUCGUCUUCGAAAUCGCUGACUGCUGCCUCCGUCGGAUUGCUGGUCGACGAUGGAGCCUAUCCCGAGAUCCAAUACGAUGCUACCAUGUCCAGUCUGCUGCCGGAUGACUUCGUUAUGCCCAGCGCUGAGUAUACGGACGGUGUCACAUUGGAAGACAUAUUGAGUCAUAGAUCUGGCAUGGCGCCGUAA